AUGCAGGCUGUGGGAGGUGACUAUAAAGUGCUGCUUAUCACAGCAACGGCUCCUGGUGCCAUUGCAUGCAACAACCUCACAGCCUCGUUGGGAGCGGACAAGGUUCAAAAACCCACAAGCGUUGAAUACCAGGCUUCGACAUAUGGAUACUGGAAUGCAAUGCAAGCCAACUACAAGCCAACAUGCGCCGUAUAUCCUACCUCUGCUGAAGAUGUAUCUACUGCUUUGCAAGCCAUCAAGGCGGCAAAAUCACGAUUCGCUAUCAAGGCUGGUGGACAUAAUCCCAACACCUUUUUCUCAUCUGUCGAUCAAGGUGUCCUUAUCGACCUCAACCAGAUGACUAUAAGGACCUACGAUGCAUCGAGCACGAUUGGUACCUACCAGCCAGGUGGUACUUUCAACGAUAUCUACGACUACUUCCAGCAAUACGGCCGAACUGUAGUUGGCGCCCGUCUUGGCGGUGUUGGCACAGGCCUUGCACUUGGUGGUGGACUCAGCUUCCUCUCUUCACAGUACGGAAUGGCGUGUGACAGUUUCCGCGAGCUGGAAAUCGUCCUGCCGAGUGGCGAAAUCGUCACAGCAUCUCCAACACAAAACAGCGACCUCUUCUUUGCCAGUCGAGGUGGUGGUGGUAACGCAUACGGUGUCGUCACAAAGUACACCAUCCAGACCCGACCAUCCGGCACAUUCUACGCCGGCAAUAUCAUCUACCUCUUCAAUUCAUCCGCAGUCCGCGAAGCCGUCCGCAACUUCAUCCAAUACAACACCGACCCAAAAGCCGCCAUCAUCGCAACAUACGAGAAAAUCCCGACCCCAGGAGUCGGAGACCUAGCCCUCGACCAAGCCAUCGUCCUGUUCCUCGUCUACGACGGUCCAGACGCAGGCGACGCCUUCGCAAACUUCACAAACAUCCCCAACCUCCUCAACACUCUCGGCCAAAAAACCUACCCGGAAGCCGUCAACAUGCCCAUCCCCCUCGCCACAGAACUCACCCGAGGCAACAACAUCUUCCGCGUCGCCGUCCACCGCAUCAACGACACCGCCUUCGAGCAAGCCUUCGACGCCUGGUCCGAAUGGUGCGAAGCAAACAAAGGCGUCUACACCCUCUCAUCUCUAGACAUUCAACCCAUCCCGAAAUCUUUAACCGACGCCUCGAACUCCCAAAAUGGCGGAAACGCCAUGCAAAUGCCGGAUGGGCCUUGGUUCUGGUUGAAUUUCUUGAUCUCGUCGUCAUCGCUUCUCACUUCGGCGCAGUAUGAUUCCGUGCAGGCGAGUUUUAGGGAUAUGGUGAAUUCUGUCCCCAGUGCGAGUGGAUUGCCUUUGUUCGUCAAUGAUGCGAAUUAUGAUCAGAAUCCUUUGAAGACGUUUAGUACUUAUGCUACAUUGCAGGCGGCUAAGAAGAAGUAUGAUCCGGAGAACUUUUUUGCAGAGUAUACUGGUGGAUGGAAUUUCAAUGCUUAG